AUUUAUUUUAGUUUGAAUAAUUAAAAAAUGGAUAAGAAAAUAGAACAAUUAAAAUGUUUUGAAAGUAGCCCAAAAGGUGAAAACUCAACUACAAAUUUUGGAGUUAAAAUCUCAAAUGAUGAAAACACCUUAAAAGCAGGUCCAAGGGGUCCUUCAUUAUUAGAGGAUUUUGUUUUUAGGGAAAAAAUGACCCAUUUCGAUCAUGAAAGAAUCCCAGAAAGAAUAGUUCACGCAAGAGGAAGUGGUGCACAUGGUUAUUUUGUUUCAUAUGCAGAUCAUAGUAAUCUUACAAAAGCAAGUUUCCUUUCAGCAAAAGAUAAGAAAACACCUCUUUUCGCUCGUGUUUCAACUGUUCAAGGUCCUAGAGGUUCAGCUGAUACCGUACGUGAUGUUAGAGGUUUUGCUGUUAAAUUCUAUACUGACGAAGGUAAUUUUGAUAUUGUUGGAAACAAUAUUCCAGUUUUCUUUGUUCAAGAUGCAAUUAGUUUCCCAGACUUUGUACAUGCUGGUAAAAUGGAACAACAAAACGAAAUGCCAACUGGUGGAUCAGCCCAUGAUACAUUUUAUGACUAUAUAAGUUUAAAACCAGAAACUGCUCAUACAGUAAUGUGGGUAAUGUCUGAUAGGGGUAUUCCAUUGUCAAUUCGUCAUUUACAAGCAUUUGGUGUUCAUACUUAUAGACUAAUUAAUGCUCAAGGAAAAUCAACAUUUAUCAAAUGGUUUUGGAAACCAUUAAGUGGUACUCUUUCAUUACUUUGGGACGAAGCACAAAAGAUAGCUGGAAAAAACGGUGACUAUCACAGAAAGAGACUUUGGGAUGAUAUCGAAGCUGGCGAUUUUCCACAAUGGGAGCUCUGUGUUCAAAUUUUAUCUGAUGAAAUUAUUGAAAAGUUUGAAUUUGACAUUUUAGACCCAACAAAAUUUAUUCCAGAAGAACUUGCACCAGUUACACCAGUAGGUAGAAUGGUAUUAAAUAAGAAUCCAGAUAAUUUCUUUGCUGAAACUGAACAAAUUGCUUUUUGUGUUUCUCAUGUAGUACCAGGUAUAGAUUUCAGUAAUGAUCCAUUACUCCAAGGUCGUAUUUUCUCAUACUUAGAUACCCAGCUAAGUCGUUUAGGAGGUCCAAACUUUAAUGAAAUCCCUAUCAAUAGACCAGUUUGCCCAUUUGCAAAUACCCAAAGAGAUGGUAUUCAUAGAAUGACUAUUAAUAAAGGUGGUGCUAACUAUUUCCCAAAUUCAAUUGAUGGCAAUUACCCAAGACCAAAAGAAGAAGCUAGUGUAAAAGGUGGCUUCCUUCCAUAUCCUGAAAAAAUUGAUGCUGUUAAAACCUACAAGAGAAGCGAAACUUUUAAUGACCAUUUCUCACAAGCAACCAUGUUCUGGAAUUCAAUGAGUCAACACGAAAAGAACCAUAUUGUUGAUGGUUUCUCUUUUGAACUAUCAAAAGUAACCAGAAGAAACAUUGUAGAACGUGUUGUCAACGAAUUUCUCAUCAAUAUUGAUAAGACCCUUGCAGAGAAAGUUGGUAAAAACUUGGGUGUUACAGUAGAACCAAAAGUAACAAAAAAUAUUCAAAAGAAAUUAGUAAAACCAUCACCAGCAAUCAGUCAAGUAAAUCUAUUAUCUGGGGAUAUAGCAUCACGUAGAAUUGCUGUACUCAUCUUUGAUGGAUGUGACACAGAAGAUGUUAUGUCAUUUAAAAAAGAAAUGGAAAAAAGAGAUGCUCAUGUAGAUUUACUAGCCCCAUCAAAUGCACCAGUCAGAGGAUGUGACGGUCCAUCUUUAACCCCAAAGAGUAGUUGGGUAAGUGAACCAAGUAUUUUCUAUGAUGCCGUUUAUGUUCCAUCUUGUGGUCAAGAAUCAUUAGAACUCCUUCAACACAAUGGUGAUUUCCUUCACUACAUUUUAGAAUCUUACAAACAUCUUAAAACAAUUGCAUUUAGUGGUUGUCCAUCAAUUAUCAAAGAAACUCUUCGUUUAAAACAAGAUCUUGGUUUGAUUUUAGGUCAAGGUUGGAGAGAUGUUGUUGAAGCUUUCACCUAUUCAUUAGCACACCAUAGAGUUUGGGAAAGAGAAUCAUUGGCCAGUACCAUUCCAGCUUAGAUAAUUAUCAGUUCAUUAAAAAAAAAAUAAAAAAAUAAAAAAUGAAUCUUGUUAAUUUUUUAAAUAAAUAAAAAAAAAGGAAU